AUGCCCGCCCCGCCCACUCUCGACGUGCUCAUCAUCGGCGCCGGCUGGGCCGGCACGCUGGCCGCGCAGCGCCUGGCCGCCGCCGGGCGGCGCGUGCUCGUGCUCGAGGCGCGCGACGGCCGCCUCGGCGGCCGCGCAUUCACCCACUCGUGGCACGCCGCGACGGCAAAGGAGGACAAUGCGCGCACGAGCGACAAGGAGGGCGCGUACACGUGUGACUUUGGAUGCUCCUGGAUCCAUGGCUACAACGAGGGCAACCCCGUCAAGGCCAUCGCGGAGAAGUACGGCGUGAAGGUCCAUGUGCCCAAGCCCACCGCCUCGCGCAUCAUCGGCGCCAACGGUCCCCUCUCCGAGUCGCUCGCCGCCAAGCUCUCCGACAAUCUCGCCUGCGCGCAGGCAGCGGCAAAGGAGACGCUUGCCAGCUCUGGCGUCUGCACGCCCGCCUCGCACUCGCUCGCCUCGGUGCUCUUCGCCGCCGACUCGCCCCUCUUCGCCGGCCUGUCUUGCGACGCCGAACGCGCACAGGCUCAGGCAUUCGCGCGCACCCUGCACGUGCCGCUGGGCGUGACGCUCGAGGAAGCGGCUUCCUUCGGCUCGCCCUCUGCGUUCGGCGGCACCGACGGUGCGCCCGAGGGCGGCUUCACGCGCCUCGUCUGCCUCAUCGCCGACGACGCCCAGCGUGCGGGCGCAGAGUUUCGGCAGGGCGAAACGGUGCAGCGCAUCACGCAGCACGAGGCCGGCGUGCGCGUGCAGACUGGCAGCGCCACGUACGAGGCCAAACAUGCCCUCGUCACGAUGCCGCAUGCCGUGCUGCGCGAGUCGUUGGCCGUGUUUGAGCCGCAGUUGCCGCGGGAGAGAGAGGAGGCCAUCCAACGCACGACGGUGGGCAAUCUCAACAAGGUGCUCCUCUCGUACGACGCUCCCUUCUGGGACGCGAGCAUCGGCACGUUCACCCUCCUCCCCUCCGAGGGCGGCCCUGUCGCUCGCGAUGCGCCCCUGGCGCACAUUUUCGCACGCAGCACCCUCGUCGUCUCGUCGCUCUGUGCGCCCAACGGCCUGCCGGGCGCGAGCGCCAGUCUGCUCGUGUACGUCGGCGCCGACGCCGCCGUGGCACUGGAGGCGUACAGUCGUCUCGAAGUCGCCGCGGCGCUGCACGCCUACGUUGCUCCGCGCCUCGCCGCCGCCGCCUCCUCCGACGACGCCGACGACGCCAAGGAGGUGCCGCAGGAGGCCAAGCACAGCUUCUACUCGCGCUGGCGCCGCCAGGCCUUUACGCGCGGCGCCACGACGACGCCGGCGUGCGUGGGCGGCGGCACCAAGGAAGAUCUGAAGGAGCUGGGCCGCACGCUGUGGGACGGCAAACUGCUGUGGGCGGGCGAGGCGACGGAGCCGGACC